ACCGCACCUGCAGGGGCUCAGGGGUGGUUAAAAGGGCUCCACCAGCUGAGCCUCGGCCGGCCGCAACCUAAAGAAAGCGAAGUUGAUACUUACUAGUAUCAACUUCCCAAACUAAACACCGGAAACCGGCUUCGACGCCUAUAAUACCUCAGGUAACUCUUACCAUAUUACGGGAUAUCUCGUCUUCUCGGCGAGUAAAAGAGAAAAAAAAAAAGAAACAAGACGGAAAAAGAGAAGAAAACCAUGGAGGUAAUCGACCCGGCCACCGGCCGCCCGCUCCCGUCCGACGCCAUCCAGAGGGUGCUCUUCGUGGCGAACUCGGUGCACGUCUACAAUAUCCCGCCGAUGACGCCCGGCAAGGGCCACGUCGCCGCCAGCUGGACGGCCGACGACGGGAAGCGGCAGAUCUUCACCGCGCGGGUGCGCGUGAUCGAGACCGCCGUGCCCACCUCUUCGUCCGAGGGUAGCGACGGCGAGGAGAGAGUGAAGACGGACAUCGCGCUCGAGGACGCCAGCAACGGCAGCCUAUUCGCCGCGGCUCCGUACACGGCGCCCGCCGUGGUCGAGCCCGUGUCCGACAGCUCGCGCUUCUUCGCGCUGCGCGUGCAGGACGAGGCCGGCCGGAAGGCGACGCUGGGCAUCGGCUUCGAGGAGCGGAGCGAGGCCUUCGACUUCGGCGUGUCGCUGCAGGAAGCCCAGAAGACGCUGGGCUGGGCCGCGGGGGGCGGCGUCGGCGGCGCCGCCGGCAAGAAGCCCGCCGCCGUCGAGAGGAAGGACAGCGCCGAGAAGCGCGAUCUCAGCUUGAAGGAAGGCGAGACGAUCACGAUUAACCUGCCCGGCAGGUUCGGCAGGCGGAAGCCGGAGCCGCCUCCGAAGUCCGCUAACGACGAUGCUCUUUCGUCCUUCUCGCUGCCUCCGCCUCCGCCGGGUAAUUCGGGUAUACUUCCGCCGCCGCCAAGCGCGACGAGUGUACGAGCGAAACGAUUGUCUGCGCAGAAAUUGGGUUUUGAUGAUGGGAAAUUUGGGGAAUUUGCUUGAGUUAUUACUAGUCUAGAUUCUAGUCUAGAUUGUUCCUAGCUACGAUUCAUUAUCGCCAUAGACUAUGUUGGAGGCAUGUUCUGGGUAGCGCCGCUGCCUUACCCUCAGGACC